GGGGAGGCGUUGCCAGGGGAACGGGCGCACCCCCAUCGCCUUGAGCACGGAGCCGGGCCGGGAGCUCCCGUCCCUGGUGCCGCCGGCCUCCGCGCGAGGCUCCCUGGGGAGGUUCCACGGUGGAGGCGCAGCGGGGGCCUGGGGGAUAUCGCCCUUGCAGUGGUGUUUGGUGGAAAUUCUGUGUCAGCAGCGCCCGAGGGGACCGGACUCGAGUCUGUUCCCUUCCUGCUGGAACCUCUGGGUUUGUCGGAGUGCUCAGCCGCCGGGACCCUGUGGGCACACGGGGCCUGCUGGCCCCGGGUUGCGUUUUCGCAGAAAGAAGGGAGGCCGUGAGUUAACAGAGCAGGGGCAGGGCAGCCUGCCACACCGCGGCCUGAUAUAGCACCUCUUGGGAGAGCUAACAUGGACGAUAAGGAAAUCUGAAAGAGGAACCCUGCACAUGAAGAAAUGACGUGUAAUGGCCCAGGUAACUCUGAGCCUCAUGCCACUCCAGGCACUGACUAUGACCAGGACUGGGCCCAAGAACACCACCGACUAGGAAGCUUUGCUGAAUUUCCACUUGAUUGUCUGGUUUCAGCAUCAGCUCUGGCACAAGCUGGCUUUGUUUAUACCGGCGAAGGCUGUAAAGUGAAGUGCUUCAGUUGCCACGUGACUAUAGAAGGAUGGCAGCCUGGGGAUUCGGCAGUUGAGAGACACAAAAACCUUUCCCCAAACUGCAAAUUUAUUACCGAGUCUACUUUUUUGGAGAAUGAUCUGCGUCCUCUUGCCCAGAACUACCAGCAUAGAGCUGAAAAUGGCAGCAGCAAUUCGGUGCUCUUGCCUGCUCUGGAUGACUCGCCUGAACUGGAGGCAGACUACCUGUUGAGAACUAGGCAGGUUGUGGAUAUGUCGGAUAUUUUGUAUCCUAAAAACCCUGCUAUGUGCAGUGAAGAGGCAAGGUUAAAGUCUUUUCACAACUGGCCCUCCUAUGGCCUGUUGGCACCAAAGGAAUUGGCUAGUGCUGGACUCUAUUACACAGGUGUUGGUGAUCAAGUGGCAUGUUUUUGUUGUGGUGGAAAACUGAAAAACUGGGAACCUAGUGACAGAGCAUGGUCAGAACACAAGAGGCACUAUCCCAGAUGCUAUUUUGUUCUGGGCCGGGAUGUUGGAAAUGUUCCAAGUGAAUCUAUUCCUGCUGAGCUGGGAAGAAAUGGUCUAAACGAUGAACAGCAUCCAAGGAAUCCAUCCAUGGCAGAAUAUGAAAGACGGAUACAAACCUUUUUAAAUUGGAUAUACCCUGUUAACAAAGAACAACUUGCUGAAGCUGGGUUCUAUAGCAUAGGUAAUGGUGAUCAUGUUGUGUGUUUCCACUGUGGUGGAGGACUGCAAGAAUGGAAGGAAAAUGAAGACCCAUGGGAUCAACAUGCCAAAUGGUUUCCCGGGUGCAGGUUCGUGAGAGAGGAAAAGGGACUAGAAUUUAUAAAUAAUGUUCACUUAGGAGGUGGAUGUAGGGAUUCAACAAUAGAAGCUGCUGAAGUGACAGUACUUCCUAAAGAUGAUCACUUACAGAAUCAUUUGGUACAAAAUGCCAUACACAUGGGUUUCAGUUUGUCUGAGAUUAAGAGCAUUAUGCAAAAGAAAUUGCAGAUGUCUGGAGCAAGCUAUACAUCUGUUGAGGAUCUGGUAGCAGACUUAAUAAGUGCUCAGAAAGAAAAUCUAAAGGAAGAAACACCAAAUGAAAACCCACUUGAGCAAGAUCUCAGUAUGGAAGAGAAGUUAAGGCGCUUGCAGGAAGAAAAGCUUUGUAAAAUCUGUAUGGCUAAAGACAUAUCAGUAGUCCUCAUUCCCUGUGGCCACCUAGUUGCUUGUAAGGAAUGUGCUGAAGCAGUUAAUGUAUGUCCUUUGUGUUGUACAAAUAUUCUAAAAAGACAGAAAAUUUUUAUGUAUUAGCGUACAGCACUGUAGAUGCAACUGUUUCCUGCUUUCUUUCUUUAAAUAUGUAUAACGUGAUAACAGAUGGUUGGAUUUUCAGCAGUCUAGCACACCUAUUUAUGGAGCAUCUCACUUGAGGAAUAAUAUAAGCAAUAAAGUUUUUAUCAAUGCUCGGAAAUAGGAGUUGACUGUCAGAAGCUGCUAAUUUUUGUUUAUAACACUCAUGUUCAACUGCCUUUACAUUGCACUACUUACUUUUUUGUUUUUACUUCAAAGUUGCAACCUCAGAUAACUUCCUGUAUUCUCAGAUCUUCUAUUUGAGUGUUCUCACUUCUAUUAAUGUAACAAAUACAUGAGUUAAAUAUACAUAUUCUUUCAUGAAAUGGAAUAGGAAAACUGAGCAUUCUGAUGGAGCAGUAGUGAUGCUGCAUUUUCCCCCACUAACAAAUCAGCCAAGUCAUACAGAGUAAAAAAUAGAUAUUUUUUUUUCUAUAUAUUUGUAGUCUGCUUCUGCUAAUUGUCAUUUGCUCAGCUCUCAUUUAUCAAAAAUAGAGCUGGUUAACUUCUUGCAGAAUCAAGGAUAAAAACAGUCUAAUCAGAGGAAACAAAUUGCUUUAAAAUAGUUUUCAUGUUGUUACUUUGAAUAUUCAAAUGUCUGAAUUUAUUUUCUGGGGGUUACAGUACUUUCUGAUUCGUUAGAUGCUACCAUUUAUCUAAUCUAAUGUUACUGGUUUUAAAAAAAUAUCAGCUAAAAUAUCAUGUCUGCUAUUUUUAUUCUUGUCACUUGCUCAUCUAAAGAGUUAGAUUCCCAUAACAUCAGUAAGAACAGGUUUGCUAUACUGAAUUCUGUCAUUUUUUUUUAGCUACAAUUGCCUCUGAAGGAUGUCUAUCUUCUUGUCAUUCAUGUUUACACUUCUAAGCUUCUGUAACCAGUCUCCAAAUAAUCAUUAACAGGCUAAGCAAACAUAUGCAACACAUAGAAAGAAAUAGCUCUGAAUAUUUCUGAUUUUCUUCUAUUUUCUUUUUUGAUUGACAAGUUAGCAACACCCUCACAAUUAAUGGACCCUUUUGAAACUACUUUGAACUUCAAAACUAUCGUAAUUGCCUCUGUAGCUAUGACUAACAAAAGACAAAUUUUAACUGAUGUUAAUCAUGAUGUUAAUCAGAACAUUCAUUCUGAAGUUCAUUUUAUAUGCUACUUACAAACAUAAAAAAGUGCAAUUAAUCCCAGGAUGUAAUCAUAUGGCAGUAUUUAGAUUUUUCUGCUGACAAACUAUGUGUAUUUAAAUUUUUAAAAAAUUUUCUUAAUUGAUUUUUUUCUGUAAACUCCAAUAUUGAAAGGUAAAUAAAUCUUCUGUAAGUUCAGUUCAUAGACCUAGUUUGGCAAAGCUUAAGGAACACAAAGCUUUAUUUAUGUGGUAAUUCCUUUGCUUCAUUUUGGUAGGACUCUCUAACUGAAGUUUAUGCCAAUACAGUUGUAUGAAGAAUCGGGCACUUGAUAAAAAUUGGUGUAUACUAAUUUCUGAAAUUCAGAUAUUAUGUGCAUCAUCUCAGGUUUUAGCUUCUCGAAAACAUAACGUGGUUGAAAAUGUUGUCUUCUUUCUGUAAGUAUGGUUGUGACGUAAUUCAGAGACUGUAAACCAGCUGCUCAAAUAUUUCACCUUACAUUUGGUACUGCUACUCUGUAAGUUUGUCUGUUCUGAUAAACAGUUCCUGUUUUAGCUGUAUAUAAGUGGCCUCAGUAAACUGCUUGUAGCCUUCUGUUUUUCUCAAAAAAUUCCUCUGUAUAUCAAGUUCAUACCUUAAAAGAGAACUCUUCAGAAAUGAAGGAGAUCUUACAUACCUCAAGCCCUUCAUUACGACAGGAGUGGUCUUACUGUAAAAUUGCCCCAUGUACACAAAGAAGUUCAGUGUUCUUUUUUCUCAUAUUUCUAACAUUUACCGUUAUCCUAACUCGCUUUACUGCUGAUACUUUAAGUACAGCUGGCUUACAGUCACUCCAAUUAUGUGACUUCCUUAUUUUGUGGAUGUACUAAUAUGUUCUGUGUACAUAGAAAUUUUAUCUUGGAGUUGUACACACUGAGUAAUAUAUUCAAUUAAUGAUACUUUAUACAAAAUAUAGUUUUUUAAAUAUGAUACGAGUUUUAAAUCCAAGACACAGAAACAUAAUGUCUCUAUUUUUUGUUAGAUAUUUGCUAUGAUUAUAUGAGAUUUCACAGAACUGACAUGUUGUUCUGGUACAAUUUUGUGAAUAUUUUAAAUAAAGUGCAAUCCAGUUGUUCUUGGAGUAGCAUGUUUGAUUCUUACAUGCAAAAGCUGUCAUAAUAGAAGGUUGCUUUCUGCUGCAUUUUCGGUUUGUAACUCAACUGUUCCCAAAUAACAUGUAUUAGUAAGGAUGAUAUUUUGAGAGGAAGUAAUCCAUGUUUUGUAUGAGUUAAAGACUGUUGAUUUUAAAACGAGUUCAAUUAGCUAAUUUUUGUAAUAAAUUAGAAUUCAAUUCUUAGGAAUAUAUGACUAGAACUUCAUAAAGAAUUCAGCACUUGGAGUCAUAUUUCUCUUCUGGGAAAAAAUAGGUAUGUCAUUCUGGUAAGAAAGGUUUUAUUUUUGCUUUGUGUCUAUUUUGAAAAGCUUAGCAUUGGAGAACUCAUACAUACAGGGCUUUCUGAGACAAAUAAAGGUUGGCUGUUCUGGCAGGCUUGGUUAUAGCUCCCACAUUCACUUACAGGGAAGGUUUUUGUUAACUUUCACAGGAAACUAAAGAGAGGUAAGUGCAUGUGAGCUGGUGUAUUUUGCCUGAAAUAGCUUGUUUAGUUAAUGUUGCAAACUAUGUUAGGUUUGUUACCUAACCUUGACCUAAGUCAUGUGAGAGAGACUAUCUGGAUGAGCUGGAUCUAGCUUAUAGGCUGCAAAAUUUGGCAUGAAGACUAGCCAAAACCAUACCUGGGAAAGAGAUUGACCCAAUGUUAUUUAGAAUCCUCAUAAACUUUAAUCAUGGUAAGGAGGUGAAUUGGGAUGUUAGUAUGCAAAUUGUUCAAGAAAAAAAAUAGAAAUAAGGCACAAUAUCUUCAAAAGUGAAAUGGAUAUUGCUUAAUCUGUUUGCUUUCCUAGUAAAUAAUACAAAAUGCUUCAUGUUAAAACGUAAUACUAAGCUGUAUUACUAUAUUACAUUAUUAUUUUUAAAAGAAAAAAUAAUACAGUGUAUCAUAAUAUAGUAAAUGUUAUAAAAGAUACAGUACUCUAAUAAUACUUCCAAUUUUAAUCAUUUGGGAACAUUAAAGGGUUAAGAUCCUGUUAGCAAGAUGACAAAACUUCUCUGUAGGCUUAGUUUUUUUUUGUUGUUGUUUUUGUUUUUUUUUUUAAAUAAAAAAUUAUAAUCAAAAUUCUAUUCAGACUAAAUGUGAGAAAAUAACAUACUCAUCAAAUUUUGAUGGCUUGAAUUGGGAAGACUUUUUUUUCAAAUUACUUUUGGUUUUGGUAUCUUAAAGAAACAGAAGAAAUUACAUGGACACUGAUAAGGAGUAUUUAAAGUGACAGAAAUGAAAGAUGCAAAUAAAUGCAGUAGAAGCACAGGUCCUUUGAAAAGGAGGUUAGCAGCAGGACAAAGAUGCCUGGAAUUUGGCUUUUACAAAAGAUUUUUUGGAAUGAAGAGCUAUGGAGUAAAAUCAAGUAUCGGUUAUUUAGUAGCUGUUUUUCUGCUGAUUACUAUUUAAUAUCUUUCUUACUUACAUUUAACAGACAGUGGUAGAACUAUUUGCUACUUUAGGUAUGUGGGAGAUUUACAAGGGUUUUUAAUAACGUAUUCAGGAUUUUUUUGUUUAGAAAAUGUGGAAAUUACACGCCUAGUUUAGCAUGCAAAGUAAGGAAAAAACAGAUUAAAUUGUUAUGUGUUUAGCUUUUUCUCAGUGCUUUGAAAUAAGGGUUUUGAAACAUGAUACUGAUUUAUUCUACAGGCUGCUGUAACUCAUAUCUCUACAUAUACUUAGCUGUCCAUGUUUUCUUUUCUUGUUUUGUUUUUGGCUUGUUCUAAAGCCCAUAGCUCAAUAAAAAGAUUUUCACUGAUAAUGGAAUUUUUUGGAUCAUCUUUCCUUUUCAAGUAGAGUAGUU